UAAUAUACAUUUGCAAAUCUCGUUCUUACGUUACGUAGGAUUUUAUUCUGUUUCAUUUCAUAUCGACGUCCACUUUUGAUUGUUUCGUGAAUUAUCGAUUGCAUCGAAUUUGACUGAAAUGACAUUUCUUUGUUUUUUGUUUGUUUAAAGAAGGCUUAUGCGCGGUUAGACGCAGAAAUUGUAACAUAAUCCCGUUAAAUGUAUUUUGUAUGUGAGUUUGUUAUAAAAUAGCAGUUAUCAAAAUGUCUUCGAAUAAAGCUGAUUUGUCAGCAGUUAUUAGGACCCCAGACCGGGCUGAAUAUCCACGCUUAUUUUCACCAAGUACUCCAGCACUCCUAGCAGAAAUUCGGCAGAUGAAUCGAUUCUUAGAUGGGGUUCACCAAGUAAAUGUCCAACCACUAGCAACUGAUAGUCCAACUGUUCAACUCGAUGAAGUAAUUAGUCUUUCAGAUCUAUCUAUAUCCAGUGAGGAAGAUGAUGACAUUGUAUUUGUCCCAAAUGUCAUUGAUCUGUGCUCCACAGAGUCUGAAAAUAGUGCUGAAAAUAGUGAGAUUGAACAUCAAGUAAUGUGUCCCAUAUGCAUCGCACCAAUGACAGUUCCUGUGUGUACAAAGUGUGGACAUGUUUUUUGCGAAGCUUGUAUAAAUAGAGCAGUCGAUACUUCCAAAAAAUGUCCCCUUUGCAAGGCAAACAUUUUAAAAAAACAGCUGCGUCGCAUUUUUUGGUGAAUAUUUAUAAAUAGUAUAAGCUUUUUUUACCUUGUUAUUUCCAUAUUCAGCACAUCUUUUUCAAAUAUUAUUGUUUUUCCUUUUUUUUUUUUUAUUGAAAUGAAACUUCAGUCAACAUCAGCUUGGUUUGACUGAAAUAAAUAAUUAAUAAAUAUUUUGAAAUUGUUCA